GGUUUUAAAACCCUAACCUGGCUUGCUGCUUUAUUCGUCUCUCGUCUGCGGCCGCCUCUGCCUCUGCCUCUACUACAAUCUCAGCGCUUGAAGAUGAAGUUUAAUAUCGCGAAUCCGACUACUGGAUGCCAGAAGAAGCUCGAAAUCGACGAUGACCAGAAGCUCCGUGCUUUCUUUGACAAGAGGAUCUCUCAGGAGGUCAGUGGAGAUUCCCUUGGAGAGGAAUUCAAGGGCUACGUUUUCAAGAUUAUGGGAGGAUGUGACAAGCAGGGAUUCCCAAUGAAACAGGGAGUUUUGACCCCUGGCCGUGUUCGUCUCUUACUUCACAGAGGUACCCCUUGUUUCCGUGGUUAUGGAAGGCGUAACGGUGAACGCAGGAGGAAGUCUGUGCGUGGAUGCAUUGUCAGCCCAGACCUUUCUGUCCUGAAUCUGGUGAUUGUGAAGAAGGGUGACAAUGAUCUUCCUGGUUUGACAGAUACCGAGAAACCAAGAAUGAGGGGUCCCAAGAGGGCAUCCAAGAUCCGCAAACUUUUCAAUCUCUCAAAGGAGGAUGAUGUUCGAAAGUAUGUUAACACAUACCGUAGAACAUUCACCACCAAAGCUGGGAAAAAGGUUAGCAAAGCCCCCAAGAUUCAGAGAUUGGUCACCCCACUGACCCUGCAGAGGAAGCGAGGAAGAAUUGCUGAGAAGAAGAAGAGAAUUGCAAAGGCCAAGUCUGAGGCCGCCGAGUACCAGAAGCUGCUGGCCUCUAGGUUGAAGGAGCAAAGAGAACGCCGUAGCGAGAGUUUGGCCAAGAAGAGGUCCAGGCUCUCUGCUGCUUCUAAGCCAUCUGUUGCUGCUUAGUUUUUUUGCGUUAUUUAUGUGUCAGCGUUCUGUUAUCUUUUAUAUUUGCCAUGUUUUGAUUUUAAAAGGAUGUACUACUUUUUGCGGCUCUGCUUAUAUGGCGACAUGACUUUUGGAAUGCUUUGUUUUUUCGGUUCUAAUUGACGAUCAUUUCUUCACAUAGUUUAUUUUAUGAUAGUCGAGAUGAAUUUUGAAAA